AUUGAAAAAAUUUAUUAAAAUAUAAUAAAAUAUUGAUUAUUCUAUGUAAAAUUAAAUAUAUCCUCAAAAUAUAUUACUCAUAAUCUCUCCCAUUUUGCUUUCUUUUCUAUGCCCAGCCCAGCAAUAAUCACCCCUCCCAACCCCGUCUUCUCGAAUCAGGUUUUCCUAUUGCUCUCCGGACACAAACCGAUCAGAUGGUUUCCUCUGCUCUGACGGUUUGAGUAGUAGAAUAUCUCCUGGCCUGAUAAAGUGUAUAUUUCGUCGCCGGAAGAUAUGACGAGGUUUCAGGUCGGCGGGAAAGUGGUGGACAGUGUGGAUUUGCUGAGGAAGAGGCACCAGUUGUGGCGUCUCGACCUCUGGCCCUUCGUGGCUUUAUAUGUGCUCUGGCUGGCAGCCGUCGUUCCUAGCUUGGAUUUUGUGGACGCCUGUAUAGUUCUCGGCGUCAUAGCAGUUUCCCAUAUUCUCGUCUUCCUCUUCACUCUCUGGUCCGUCGAUUUCAAAUGCUUUGUUAAGUAUUCAAAGGUGUGUGAUAUUCAUCUUGCCGAUGCCUGCAAAAUUACUCCAGCAAAAUUCUGUGGCUCUAAAGAAGUUGUGCCUCUAUACUUUAGAAAGCUGUCAUCUGCAUCCUCUAAAGAUGGGGAAGAGAUUUAUUUUGAUUUCAGGAAGCAACAGUUUAUCUAUUCAAUUGAGAAGGAAACAUUUUGUAAGCUUCCCUAUCCUUCCAAGGAAUUAUUUGGAUACUAUCUUAAGAACACUGGACUUGGAUCCGAAGCUAAAGUUAUUGCUGCUACUGAAAAAUGGGGCCGGAAUGUAUUUGAAUAUCCUCAGCCCACAUUUCAGAAAUUAAUGAAAGAACAAUGCAUUGAGCCUUUUUUUGUAUUCCAGGUCUUUUGUGUUGGUUUGUGGUGUUUGGAUGAAUACUGGUACUAUAGUUUGUUCACCUUAUUUAUGCUGUUUAUGUUUGAAUCAACAAUGGCCAAGAGCCGUUUAAAGACACUCUCUGAGCUUAGACGUGUGAGAGUUGAAAGCGAGACUUUGAUGGCGCAUCGUUGUGGCAAGUGGGUAAAAUUAUCUGGAACCGACCUACUGCCCGGAGAUUUGGUGUCUAUUGGUCGUUCUGUUGGUCAAACUGGAGAAGACAAGAAUGUGCCAGCUGACAUGCUUUUGCUAGCUGGAAGUGCUAUUGUGAAUGAGGCUAUACUUACUGGUGAAUCGACUCCCCAGUGGAAGGUUUCAAUCAUGGGUAGAGGAUCUGGUGAGAGAUUAUCAGCUAGACGAGAUAAAGCUCAUGUCCUUUUUGGGGGAACAAAGAUUUUGCAGCACACACCAGAUAAGACAUAUCACAUAAAGACCCCCGAUGGUGGUUGCUUGGCAGUUGUUCUACGAACUGGGUUUGAGACUAGCCAAGGAAAAUUGAUGCGUACUAUUCUAUUUUCCACUGAGCGGGUUACUGCUAACAGCUGGGAAAGUGGACUAUUCAUUCUCUUUUUGGUUGUAUUUGCACUGAUUGCUGCUGGCUAUGUUCUUCUAAAGGGACUUGAGGACCCAACAAGAAGUAGAUACAAGCUGGCUCUCAGUUGUUCCUUGAUUAUUACAUCAGUCAUCCCCCCUGAGUUACCAAUGGAGUUAUCAAUAGCUGUUAAUACAUCUUUGAUUGCAUUAGCACGCCACGGGAUAUUCUGCACUGAGCCGUUCCGAAUCCCGUUUGCUGGGAAGGUUGAUUUAUGUUGUUUUGAUAAGACUGGGACAUUGACAUCGGAUGACAUGGAGUUCUCUGGAGUUGUUGGGUUGACAGAUAGUGAAGAAUUGGAAAGAGAUAUGAGUAAAGUCCCAUUGCGAGCCUUGGAAAUUCUUGCCUCUUGCCAUGCAUUAGUUUUUGUGGAUAAUAAGUUGGUUGGCGAUCCUCUAGAGAAAGCUGCACUUAAGGGGAUUGAUUGGUCAUAUAAAUCAGAUGAAAAGGCCAUGCCAAGAAAGGGUGGAGGUGAGGCUGUUCAAAUUGUGCAUAGGCACCAUUUUGCAUCUCACUUGAAAAGGAUGUCAGCGGUUGUUUGUGUUCAGGAACAAUAUUUUGCUUUUGUAAAGGGUGCACCAGAAACAAUUCAGGAGAGAUUGGUUGAAGUGCCCCAAUUUUAUGUCCCUACUUACAAGAAAUAUACACGUCAAGGAUCUCGAGUGUUGGCCCUGGCUUUCAAAUCUCUACCAGAGAUGACAGUUAGUGAAGCUAGAAGCCUGGAGAGAGAUACUGUGGAAAGUGGCCUGACUUUUGCUGGCUUUGCGGUAUUUAAUUGCCCGAUCAGAGGAGAUUCAGCCACUGUAUUGUCUGAGUUGAAACAAUCAUCACAUGAUUUGGUAAUGAUUACCGGCGAUCAAGCCUUAACAGCUUGUCAUGUAGCUAGUCAAGUUCACAUCAUUUCCAAACCUGCCAUGAUUCUCGGCCUUGCAAAGAAUUGUGACAAGUAUGUCUGGGUCUCACCUGAUGAGACUGAGACAGUUAGUUACAGUGAAAAUGAAGUUGAAGCACUCUCUGAGACUUAUGAUCUUUGUAUUGGAGGUGAUUGUGUUGAGAUGUUGCAGCAGACAUCAGCUACUCUUAAAGUUAUUCCAUAUGUCAAGGUUUUUGCCAGGGUUGCCCCAGAGCAAAAGGAACUUAUUAUGACCACUUUUAAGUCUGUGGGAAGGAUUGCACUUAUGUGUGGUGAUGGAACUAACGACGUUGGGGCUUUGAAACAGGCACAUGUUGGAGUGGCUUUGCUGAAUGCAAUUGUUCCUCCCUCCAAGACUGAGAAAUCUGCAUCUGGUGGAUCAUCUAAAGCUGAAACCUCAAGAACUGUUCCCAAGUCAAAGAAAGUCAAGCCUGCAGUUGAAAACGGAGACAGCGCCACGAAACGCCGAGCUACGUCGAUGUCAGCAUCUGGCCAAGCCCGCCACCUCACCCCAGCCGAGGCGCAACGCGAGAAGCUGAAGAAAAUCAUGGAAGAACUGAACGAGGGCGGCGGCGACGGCCAAGCGCCCAUCGUCAAGCUCGGGGACGCCUCGAUGGCGUCCCCCUUCACGGCGAAGCACGCCUCGGUGGGCCCCACCACGGACAUAAUCCGGCAAGGGCGGAGCACCCUCGUGACCACCCUCCAGAUGUUCAAGAUCCUCGGCCUCAACUGCCUCGCCACCGCCUACGUGCUGAGCGUGAUGUACCUGGAUGGCGUCAAGCUUGGCGACGUCCAGGCCACCAUCAGCGGCGUCUUCACCGCCGCCUUCUUCCUCUUCAUCUCCCACGCCCGCCCCAUCCAACACCUCUCCCCGGAGCGGCCCCACCCCAACAUCUUCUGCGCCUACGUCUUCCUCUCCCUCCUCGGCCAGUUCGCCGCCCACAUCCUCUUCCUCGUCUCCUCCGUCAACGAGGCCGCCAAGUACAUGCCGGAGGAAUGCAUCGAGCCGGACUCCGACUUCCACCCCAACCUCGUCAACACCGUCUCUUACAUGGUGGGCAUGAUGCUACAGGUCGCCACCUUCGCCGUGAACUACAUGGGCCGGCCUUUCAACCAGAGCAUAUCGGAGAACAAGCCCUUCUUGUAUGCCCUCUUGGCGGCUGUUGGGUUUUUCACUGUCAUAACAUCUGACCUGUUCAGGGGCUUGAAUGACUGGUUGAAGCUGGUCCCAUUGCCAAUGGGAUUGAGGGACAAGCUGUUGAUAUGGGCCGUCGUCAUGUUCUUGGGCUGCUACUCGUGGGAACGGUUCUUGAGAUGGGCCUUCCCCGGGAAGAUGCCCGCGUGGAAGCCCAAACAAAGGCGCGCUGCCGCAAGCACUGAGAAGAAGCUGGUUUAGAUUAUCGCCGUGGCGGCCGGGCUGCUCCAUACAAACCCCAAUGGUAUGUGAAAUUAAUUUUUGAUCGUACCUUCUUUUCUUCUGGACAUGUAGGGUCCGUUUGGCAACGACUUCUGCGUUUUUUGAAAAAAAGUUAUUCAAUGUCGUUGCUUACUCUAAAAAAAUUUAUCCAAAAUGCUAAUUUCAAACGAGGCCAUAGUGAGAAACGAUGUAUAACACGUUUCUGCUUUUUCCCAUUUUUGGGAGAUAUUAGAAGCAAGGAGUGUAGGUAUACCCAAGGUUUG